CGAGCUAUGAGUAAAACUAUAAUACCCAGCAUUCCACUGCCGCCUGCCGGAAAAGGAAAACGCAUGGAUGUAUGUGUUUACAAUCUUUCUUAACAAGCUUAAAUUCGCAGGUGCUGUUCGUCAUGAAACAAGUGUAGGCGAUACCGGCAAGAGAAAAUAAUGACACAUUUAUUAUUUGCUACUACUCAUUUAGUAUGAUAUAACAGUAUGUGUUUGUUUUGUACUUGUACAACAGGCAGGGUAGCCAAAUAAUCUGUCGCAUCGUCAGGCCACCCACCCACCACCAUAUGCAGCAGUGAUUUUUAAGAAGUGGGACAAGCGAACAGAUGGCGCAUCUAGGCUGCGCGCGACAGGGACACAUACAGUGUUGAAACAGUGUUGGAUAUGAACAAGGCAGCUAGUAAAGGCGUGUUUUAUGUAGUCUACAUCUAUGCCAUUUCUGAGUGGAUUGGAUAAUAUUACAUCGCAGGAUUUACUCCGGAAUCGUUGCUUGAGCCUGCCUACUCUACUUUGGCGCGGGUAUUGGAAAACACGCAGUGACGGGGCCAUCGCCACCAGUAGCUAUAAUCAGAGAGGAAGAGGCGAAGUGAAGCUAUUGCUAUAAUCUCCUAUUUGACGACUCUCUCAGUUGGUAAACAAUGGUUGACAACCGUUAUGCCACGGCUUUGGUUAUCAGCUGUGUGCUCAGCGUGCUGGCUACGGUGUACCUGUCUGUAGCGGUUGGGACGCAGCACUGGUACCAGUACACUAGUCCCCCAGUGCGCGGCGAGGCCAACAUAUCCGAACUGCGGUCGCUGCAUGAUGAAUUCAUGGACGGGGAAUUCGAUGAGAAGACCUACAGCGACACGCUCUUCCGUCUCAACGGGACCAUAGGCCUCUGGUGGCGCUGCGUUCUGGUGCCAUCUCAUACCCACUGGUACAAGGAGUCGGAUCCAAAGAUGGUGAUGAAGUGUGUUAGCUUCACGUUAACACAGCAGUUUACCCCAAAGUACAAAGAGCCAGGGAACCACAACAGUGGAGAGGACAUGCUGCGGACCUACCUGUGGAGGUGUCAGUUCCUGCUGCCAUUAAUCUCCUUAGGUCUGGUGGUGCUGGCAGGCUUGAUAGGGUUCUGUGCCUGCCUCUGCCACAGUCUCACCCCCACCCUGGGCAUAGGAAUGAUCCACCUGCUGGCUGGGCUGUGUACUCUAGCCACAGUGUGCUGUUACCUGGCAGGGAUGGAUCUCCUCCACAGGGUCUCUGUGUUGCCAGACAAGGUGGACGGCUCCCUGGGCUGGUCGCUCUACCUGGCCCUCAUCUCGUCCCCACUGCACAUGAUGGCUGCCGCUCUCCUGGUGUGGGCGGCACGCAGCCACAGUCAGAACUACUACCGCAUGACUGCCUACAGGGUAGCAUAGAGACCAGGCCUACUGGUGCCUGACUAUCUGUUUUUAUAUAGGCACAUUUCCAAAUCAAAACCAUAAUUCCAACCACAUGAUACUUGUUGAUCUUGAAAUAACUGAAUAAGAAUAUAGAAAAUGCUAAUCUUUUCCCUCUGAUAGGCUACUGGGAUUUUCACCCUGUUGCUUUUCACACAGUUGCUUAUCCAAUCAUUUCAGAUCUAUUAAAGUGCCUAGUGUUAGGGUGAGGGAGUUGAAAUUGGGAAACAGUGUGACCCAGAACAAAAUGUACCAUUGGUUAGACCAACAAGCAUAUAAUUGUUUAUAAUAGACUUUCCAAACCGUAACCAACCACAGUCAGAUAUGCUUCCAUUCGAAUUUCAUAUGUACUAGCAAGAAAUAUUAUUGGCCCAUGUUUGGAAAAUCAAACCGUUCUGAAAGAAAUAUGUUUAUGGUGAUUCAAGUUUAGUCCAAACAUUUGAUUACAGUACCAGUCAAAAAUUUGGUCACACCGACUCAUUCCAGGGUUUUCUUAUUCUACAUUGUAGAAAAAUAAUGAAGACAUCAAAACUAUCAAUUAACACAUGGAAUCAUGUAGUAACCAAAAU